AUGAUGAUACGACGUGGUACGAAAACGAGAUCGGACUCGGACUCUCCAGAUCUUAUGAAUCACACGACAGACGCCUCUGACACUACGAGCAUUCUAGAAGAUGGAGCAACAAGUCCGACUGCGUCGUUCAUCUCACACUCGAAAAGUGGGCACAGUAAACACGAUGGUGACUCCAGAAGAGAGGCAAAAACAGUCAAGGUUGCCCUCCCAGGGGCGAAGAAACCUCAGUCUGCGGCUAAAAAGAAAAAGUCCACACCAGAUUUGGUAUUUACAGCAAUAAAUAAGAUUUAGUUGCAUUGACGUUUGUAGUUGUCGAUUUUAGAAUCGCCCCUAAAUGUGCAUUCUUCAGGGAACGGCAUUGAAUUUAAUUCAGACAAGUCUUAAGUAUUGGCUCAUCUGUUGACGUCCACUGUUAUUUUUCUUUCCGUAGGAUAUCCACAAAGAAAUUAUAAAAUGUCGAGAUGAAGGGUCAACACAUUUGGAUCUCAGCAAAGCAGCGGUAAGGUCUUGUAGAAGAUAAGGAGGAUAUUUACACGGCUUUAGCUUAUACUUAAGCGUGCAACUCUGGCAUAAAUUUCAUGGUAUUACCUAACCCUGUUUGUUAGAAAAUUGCUGCUAUAACCUUUUACUGUGUGGUUGUUAAACGCAGCUUUAAAUGGACUAGACGUGUUUUAAGGAAAAUGCAACUAAGUGAGCAUGCAGGAUUUCGAGUAGUUUAGAUUUCCGGGAUCGAAAUUUUCACUUGUCUCGUUGAUAUUUUUGCCCUUGGGGAAUUUCUUUUAUUUUCAGCUGCUUUGAGCUCGCUAUCCACGUUUUUCGAAUUGAAUUUUUUUUAUAGCUAAUUAGAUAGCUUGAAAUAUCUGCAGUAAUAGAUCUAGGAAAGAGAAACGAAGGAUUUACGUGCGUCAAUUUCCAUUUUUUUGAACGUGAUCGUUGAUCAGGUCACCUGUCCAAAAAUAUCGUUUACCCUGACUUACAAGAAAUCCAAUAUGUCAUUAUCGAAUGUGCAUGUCUUUGUCUUAAACUUCCUUUCCUUUGAUAUUUCAAUGUAUAAAUAUUUGAUUAUGUUCCUAGUUAGUUGGAAUGUGCCUUUAAUAUUAUGAAUUUGGCGAGUAGAGAUCCUCCGAAUUUCCGAUCCUCCUGCUGUCGAUCGAGUUUUUGAUUUGCGAUCUCUUUGUUUUGGAGGGAGUGAACGUUAUUUGGUGAAUUUAGUUUAAUGAAAUUUGCAAAUUAGCUCGAUUUUAAGGCUGAGGCAGUCUACACUUAGUAAAAGAACUCUCAUAUUUUUAAUGAAAAAAGUAUUUUACUGUUUUCUUUCUUAAUGCUGAAUCAGCACAUACCUUUAUCAUAAUUAUAGAUUGAAACUCAAAUUUUCAGCAGUAAUUUAAAAAUUAACCUUGGUGAAGUUUGAACGUGACGAAGUGAGCAAUUAAAUUAAAUCAAAGAACGUGCAUUGAACCUUAAAGGGAUCAAAACAAAAAAAGAUAUAUUAUCGGGAGAUCCUAUUAGGCCCAGCCAAAUGAAUGCUACAUUAUUCAACAUGGUUGGGUGACUCUAAACAGUGUUAAGCCUAGAAGCCAGAUCAGAUCAACAUGUUUAAUUUCUUAAAGGGGCUACACCUGUCACACUGUCUGCUACCUUUCUAAAAAGCUAAAACAUGUCUUCGCAUCAAUUAUUAAAUUCCAAAAAUAAUGAUCCAGUUUUGUUAUUCAAGACUAUAGGCAUUUAAAUAAUACUGUUUCCUGUUGUCUCUUGCUACGGAUGGCAAGGAUAGACCUGGAUUGAAACUUGAAAAAGUUUAGUGCUAUUCCUGCAAAAGUCACCCGGGAAAUUAUUAUGGUUUGUGCUCCUUGAUGAAAUUUGCUUGAUAUUGUCUUCGUAAAUAACGAACUCUGCAGAAGCAUUUUGUCUAUGGGUAAAGGCAUUAAGUAUCGACUUAACCAGAGAAUUGACCUCAAACAGUAAUAUUCUGAUGACAUGGCUCCUUUAAGAUCAUUAUAGAUCUUCAUUGUGAUGUCGGGAGCAUUGAUCUUGUGAGAAGCUUCUCACGAACAGGCUCUUGAUUUCCAUUAAAUUUCUGUGAUUCUGUAGUUGGAACAGAGGCUUCCCCAUGUAGAGUCCUCCCAUCCUGUCACCCAAACAGCAACCAAAAGUUUUUCCUCAAACCAUUAUCCCUAUCUGCUUUUAUAAGCUAUUCCUGAUUUGGAACUUAAGUUGUAAGAAGUGUCAUAAAAGUCUAGAAGAGUUUAGAUUCUCUUAUGUUUGGGUAUUUAGUGGGAGAUAAUUGGUUAGGAAGAAUAAUAGAAUGACAGGGUUGAGCAACUUGGGUUACAGUAUAAUUUGUCAAAUUAAAGGAUAUUUUAAGCAUUUAAGAAAGUGCCGCUGACUUCUCCUAAUGGAUCUUGGUUCUUGAAAAUGAUGUUAAUAAAUUCCGCAGAAUCAUACAUGGUAAAAUGCCAAAUAUCAUGUUCUUUCCGUAAUUUUCUAAGUCUCUCUUUUACAUAUAUUCUAAUCCCUCGCUUAAAAAUAUGCCAAGUUCCAUUCCAAAAUAAUCCCAUAAAACCUCCUUGGGACCCUUGGGACAUGCAGGGCUGUCUCUAAGAUUUCAAGUUGCUGGGUAUAUGUGAUUAGUAAGGAAGCUCUUUUGGUUGUAUUUUGCUUUUAUUUUCUGUGAAAGUUGGGGUUGGGGGUAGCCAGGGGAAAAUCCCUGGCUCAUGACAGCUCUGAACUUGAGAAUCUGAUUACCAAGAUUCUGGAACCAACAUCUGCGGCCUCUGCAUUGGUCUCUUGAGUAAGAAGUCCAUUCUUUAUCAUGUUAAGGGUCAGCUUUGAUUUUAUUAUCAAUAGAUUAAAUUGACUGAACAAUCAUCAGUUACAAUCAGAAAAUCUUGUUAUCUGAAUUCCAAUUUUUUUGUUUUUUCACCUGUGUGUAAGUCAAAAAAAAUAUUAUUUAUGUGGGUGACUAUAAAAAUGACGCAGUGCUGUCGCCCUGUGUUUUAGAACCUACAUGAAAUGUAUAGAAAAAGACCAUCAAUGGAUUAUAGUUGCAUUAUGACUCCAUUUAAAAGACAACUGACAAUUUUCAAUACUUUCAUUUUCCAAUAAUAAUUUUUAUUUAUUUUCUGUGGUAAUUGAGUAGGUUUUUUGAUGGAUGAUGGAUUAUAAUAAUCUAUUGUUGAUGCAAAAAUAGUAGCUUAUUUUGGUAUUGGGUUAUAUAAAGCAGAGUAAUCCUACCCUUCUUCAGCCAGUAAUGUGUAUUUUGUGGUUUUGUUUUAUCUUUGGUUCAGCCCUUAUUUUUGAAAGCCAGCAAAGAUGAGUUUCUUUAACUGUUGACUGCUUUUCUGUCAUUACACUUGCUGCAAAGUUAGUAGCACUAGAGUUAUGACUAUUUAAUAAACCCAACCGAACAUUAAAAAGCUGCCAAUCUUGCUUUGUCUCAUUACCACAGCAUUAAAACCCUUUAAUCCAGAAAUAAACAGAGUAGAUACCUGAGCCUUUAUUCCACUUUACUUUGCUUUUGUGCAUCCAUAAUUAGCCUUUAUCCCUUAGUCACUUGUUCACACACUCUCUCUCAUUGAACCAAUCAGAGAUUGCUUGUUUUACCCAACUAACUAACUUCCAUUACCUCAUCCUUUAUGGGGUCUAGUCAAACAAUCAAUGUGAUAAUUUACUCAAAUUUUUCCAUUCUCUAGGUGACAGCACUACCCAAAGAACUCAAAGAGGUAUUUGUUGUUCUAGUUACACUGUAACUUCUACAAGUAUUUUCUAAUUAAAAAUGUAAUGAUUGAAUAAAAUAUCCUGCUAUAACACAUGCUAUUAUUAGAGAGUUGAUACUUAAGUUUUCAAUAUUAUUGAAUUCUCUAAAUAAAUCUUUGUUCAUUAGGGCACUGUCACUCAAACUUUGAUCAGUUAUUGUAAGGCUGUAGAGUCACACACCAUUUUAAGAACACCUACUUAAAACAGACACCUCAUUAUUACGAACAGGUUGCUGCAUGUGUCCAUGGGGAAAGAAAUGCCUUACUUUUUCUCAAAAAUCAACCCGAUUAAUGGGGACACCCAGUUGAUAUGGACAAUCUCAAUACCCCCCCCCUCCAGUGACCAUAUUAACAGGGUUUGUCUGUAAUUAAAAAUGUUUGCAAUUUUGGCCUUUUUUGUUUUUAAUCAGAUGGUAUUAGUGACAAUCAGCCUCCCUGGACUUGCUAUGGAAGUUGUUUUGUCUUCAGCUUCAACCUAAUAAGCCCAAAUAUCCACAUAAUAAUAAGCGCGAUAAUAAGCGCGUGACAAGUUGGGAGGAAAACCAUGUAUUGAAGUCCGAAACAUUGAAUUUAUUUUAAAACAACCGAGUCAAUUCCUUGUCUUUACUUUUUUGUCACUCCAGUUCAAAUUCAGCGUCCAUCUCUGUUUACUAAAAUGUUGCUUAAUUGCAUUCCCUCAUUCCCUCCCUAUCCAUUUACUUAUUUCCUUACUUCCGGUUAUUUGCUUCAAACUCCCGUUAACUCAAACUUUUUUCAAUUUCCCUUGAAGGUUUGAGUUAUCGGGAGUCGACUGUAUUUUAUUUAAAAAACGCAGACGAUACUAACUAAGUAGGCAGCGAUUUUUGCUGGCAGCUGGCUACUUUUGACAACCCUGUAUGAAAUGGAAAAUGUUCUGCACCAAUCCACCAUUUGGACAGGGUCUCAGAGGAAAUAUCUCUUACAAAGACAUUCAUGUUUAAAAUUUAUCAUUUUUUAUGUUUUCAGCUAACCCAGCUAAAGGAACUUUAUCUCUAUGGUAACAAAAUCGCAACUCUUCCUCCAGAAGUUGGGAUGCUGAAAAACUUAGAAAAACUGGCAUUAAAUGAGAAUAACUUGAUUGACUUACCAGGUAAUUGUAGAGUAUUGUGCUAUUAUUGUAUAGUUCCACAGAACUAUGUAAAAGUAUGGUAAUCAUGGAUUUGGUGGUAAAAUCCAUUAAUGCUGCAGUGCCCAAAGAUAAUUAUGUAUUUCUGGCUCAGUGGCUUAGAGAGGUUUUUGUAUGGGACAAUAUAAAAUGACUCUGACCAGCUUCAAUCAUUAUAAGUGUGAAACAAUAAAAGUUGUCCAAGUAAGGUCAUUGUUGUCAAUGUAUGUUGUUUAUUUCUUCUGGUACGACUAAUGGAUUUUUCCUGUUUUUUCAUUUUAUUAAAUAAUUUUAAUGUUUUUGGCAGAUACCCUGGUAAAGUUAAAGAACCUAAAAUUACUUGACUUGAGACACAACAAGAUGAAGGAGGUAUAAUAUUACAAUAUUGAAUUCAUUAAAUCAGCUUUGAGAAUUUUAAAAACUUGUUCCAUGGGUUAUUAAUUAGCCAUUUUUAUAGGGUUGUAGGAAUGACAAGACUAUGAAAAUAAAUUGGGUUCAAAAAACAAAUUUGGAUAAGACACUUGAGGCCCAAAUCUUAAAAAUGUUAGUAACUUUCAAGAUUAAAAGCCAAUAGUAUUUUUUCUAAAUCCGAAUCUAUCAGAGGUGGGUGGGGCUACCAACUUGACUGAAAUUUGUCACUCAAGAAAGUUCAGUUUUACAGCAAUUUCAGAAGGCAUAUGCACUCAUCAUGUGUAGGAGAACAUUUUCAUGACCGCUGGUUCUUGGUGGAGUUCUCAUCUCUCAAUCUGUCAACAGAAAGUCAGUGAGAAACGAACAUCACUCAAUUGUGAAAUGUCAUUAUUGCCACAGGCCUGUACUCUAGCAGAGCCCGUUGGCCUGUGGUGCCUAACUUUUGCUCUUGGGCUACUAGAAAAUCUUACUAUUUUCAUGAAAAUCAUAUGUUGGGUGCCCUGGAUUUCACAAGUUCAGAGCACUGGGCUCCCUUAAAUUUUUCUGAGAGCACAACCUUGUGUCAUCAUACUAAGAGAAAAAGGGGGCUUUCAGGUCGACCCCCUGGAUCCUCCCGAAUGUAUGCCCUGGUCCUGAUGUGAAUUGGGUUGGGGGAUGUAGUUAAAUUUGUCCAAUCAAUGCUAAAGGGUUACAUGUUGCAAACUCAGAAGAGGUGUCUUUGUAACAAGAGGGUCUCAGUGGGGUGGUAGUUUUGACAGUUGUCAUUGAGUUUUUUCCAAUUUUGACAGUUGACAGUUAAGUUUUAGAGCUUUUGACAGUUGGCUGUUAGUAAGUAGAAAUUUAGUCCAAGACUUAAAGUAAAUAUUAAUUUCUGUAUAAAUCAGUAUUAACUUUUGGGUCUUGGAGGUUGUCUUGGCCUUUCACCUUUAAGGUAUCAGCCACCCUUAAAAUUGACAUUUUUCCAUAUUUGAGGUUUCAACGUUUUCAAAUAGAUAAGCUUGAGAGCUUUCUUUUAAAAAAAAAAUUAGAAGAAAAUAUUAUUUCUGUCGAAAGAUAUCGGGGGUAAAAGAUUUUUUCUUGUUAAUUACUUUAAUAAUUAAUAAUCGUUGACAAGAUCUUUCAUACUCGUGUCAUAUAUCAAUUAACUUGCCUGUUAACUAGUAACGUGAUACCGAGUGCGUGCUUCGACACAACACGUGCGAAUUGUCUUCGCGUUGUCUAUAGCAUUUAGAUUUAGCGUUUGCUUCGGUGAAAAUGCCGCCAAAAAAAAAAGAAAAGGUCGUGUCCGUUUUCGUCAUCGAAACCGAGAGCAAAAAAGAAAUCGAAGUGCGAGUUUGACAAAGAAUGGGCCGCAAAAUUGGCAGAGAGCGACAAAGGCUCAUUUUAUCAGCAAGAGAAGUGGCUCGAGGGGUUGGAUAUUCAGAAAAGUGAAAAUGCUGCAGUUGCUGAGAGUGCAAGGCAUUCCAAAAUCCAGCUUGAAGAGCCAGAUGAAGAAAGCCAGUUAAGCUCAUCGACCCCAUCUGCUGAUGGAACGUGGAAAACAAUAAGAGGUCGAGCUAUCGUAUCGAGCAAAAAGCUGCUUGAGAAAAUGGACGAGUCUGUAUCUUGUCGAUUUUGCCAGGGAAUAGUCCAAGUCAUGGAAAGUGUAGCGACUAAGCAUGGACUUGGUUCUACCUGGAGAAUCCAGUGCGAGAAUGAAAGCUGUCCGUCGCACAAGACAAAUUCUGUUUUUAAUUCUUCUGAGAAGAGCAGAGCGUUUGAAAUAACCGGGCCUCAGUUCUUGGCCUUCGAGCAAUCGGUGGUGGACAUUCGGCGCCUUCAAAGUUUUUUAGUUUCCUUGGCCUGGCGCCGAUCAACAAAAACGCCUGGGCGGAUCAUACAAAAAAGAUCGAAGGAGAGGCAAAACUUUUGCUCGUGAAAGAAUUAAACCGUGCUUCUCGUGGUGUAAAAGAGUGGAAGUUUUCAAACGGAGAAUUAAACUGUUCACUUGCUUGCCGCGAAAGUUUGUUCCUGUCACAUGUUACCUGUCAAAGUCCUAUUGUUAGAGAAAAUUGAUCCAUCUCUGAUAUCAAUCAGAAUAAACAUUCAGGUGUUAUAAUCUCAUUCCAGGUAGGAUGCUGCCAAAAAUGUAUUUUCUAUUGUAUCUCCGAACGCAAAUUUCGCCGAUCGACUUGUACGUUUUGAACUCCAAGUCGCCAGCCUUUCAAUCAAUUUGCCUAAAAUUUGGCCAGAGUGAUGCCAUAUAUCUCUUCUACAAAACCGUGUCUGCGAAUUUUAAUACUCCUUUUCAUUUUAAAGCUAGAGCUUUUUUUCCACAGGGAGUGUUGACUAAUUGCCUUCCCCAACUUCAUUUGUUAAUAAAAGAAAAACAAACGCGCUUGUCAAAAAUCUGAGACACGGUUUUUUAGUGGAACGUGUUGAGAAGCGAAUGCGGUGUUAAUUGUUUUCUUCCGUUUAUUUCCGGCGGGAGUGGAACAUGAUUUAUAGAGACGUGUACUUUUACACAAAGCGUUCCAAUUUCGAAACACAUUUGAGUAAAUCGUUUUUGUUAGUUCAAAUCCAUAAUCUGGAAUUAUUAAGCUUUUAAAAAAUAUAUGGUUUAUAGGGGUUUUUAUAAAAACAACUAACGCUACAGCGAUUCGCGCGCGGACGGUCCUGAAGGGUGGCUGAUACCUUAAGAUUUUGAAAUAUUUUCAUAUAUAAGUAAGUUGUAAAGUCUUGUAAUGUCUAGAGAGUGUGUUUUUGACAAUAUAGGAACUAAUUUUUUUCAGUUUAGAUAUUCUUUAGGAGCCCGAAGUCUGUGAAAAUCAGCUGAAAUAGUGAAAUUUGAGAUACCCUAAGAGUUUUUGACAGUUAACAUUAAUCUGCAUUUAUGACGGUUGAGGGUAAAAUAUAACCUUUUUUAAUGGUUGACAGUUAACUUUUAGGCUGUUUGACGGCUGACAGUUAACCCCAUUGAGACCCUUUAAUAACAGUAUAAUUUCCCCUCUAGGAGUAACAGGAUUAAAACCCAACAUGCCUUUCCAUUCCCAAAAUGUUAUCGGAAUAUUCAGGAAAUGGGGCUAAGAAAAUGUGUCUCGGAAAUGUGUUUGACAGUGCAUGCUUUAACUAAAGCUGAUUGGAUGUAUUUUCUUUGCAGAUUCCUCCAGUGGUAUAUCGACUUACAUCACUAACAACUCUUUACUUAAGAUUUAAUAGAAUCAAUGCUGUGGAACCUGAAAUUGGGAACUUGCGGGUAAGCCCGAGUAAUUUUUAUUACCUGUAUCUUUGGUUUAAUCUGCUAAACUAAAGCAAACUUGAGGAAAAGAUUCUAAUGGUUAUUGUCCAAUAAUAAUUUUUAAUAAGUAUUGUUAUAUUCCUGGACUUUCACUCAACUAAACAGGGACUAGUCUUGGUUUAGUCUUGGUUAAGUGGCCUCCACUAAAAUCAAAUGUAUCCCAAUCGUGAUACAUCAGGCAAUGUACCCUGCUUGGGAUACAUUACUGCUCGAGAUGAAAGCAUGGUGGAAAGUGGCGUGACAGAAGGCAGGAAAGACACUGCUAGUUUUCUUUUUCGUGAAUUUCGUGGAAGAAUGCAAUAACACAAACACGAAGGUUCAAGCUAAAAAGCAAUGAUUUUUAAAGUUAUCCCAGAAGAGAAACAGCUGCUAUUGGAAGAAAAAGAUGCAGAUAAUAUAAGGAAAGUGCUUUGUAAAUCAUUCAUUCAGUUGUUUUGAGAUUAAAUUUGUGUUGUUAUAAGUAUCAACUCAACUUUUUUGGUUCGCUCCGGUUAUUUUUUGUGUUGCUGUUGAAGUGAAAGUCUAGAAAUGUAACAAAACACUUAAUGUCAGGUCCCUCGUGAAACCAGUUGCGGUAGUUUUGUUUUCCCUCGAGUCCUGAUAUUUCCCUCGACUUUGUCUCAGGAAACAAGGCAAGAUGGUAGGAUAUUAUCUUUGUUUAUCAUGGUUUUAUUAAGUUGACUAUCUGCCGUGGCUCAAAUAGUGAACACAUAAUAUUAAUUACAUGUAAGGGCUCCAGAAGGUGAAAUUAUAAUGACAACACAAACGCUCAAGUGGCCUUAUAUCAUUUAGUUGUGCAAAGUAAUAUAAUUUAUUAUUGAUAACCUGUUUUGUUUCAAUUCCAGCUACUUGAGAGAUUAAGCCUUAGAGAAAACAAGAUUAAAGAUUUACCAGCUGUAAUAGGUAGGAAUGACCUCUUUGGUGGACAUUCUGUAGCAAAUGCAAACAUAAUAAAAUUUCACGUUACUUUGUACAAUACAUACAUGCGUAUUCAGAGAGAAGACAUUGGACUGUUAGGUUGAGAUGAUUGCCAACUUUUCAAAUAAUUUAUUAGCUUUUCCAGUUAUAAUGAGUCCUUCCAGCCCACCCCAACCUUCACCCCACCCCUACCCCCCAAAAAAGGUGGAAUAUUUUCUUCUCUUGCAGCAACGGCUGAGCUGUAAAUGAUUUAUUUUUGGUCUGAGGUGAGAAGACACAAAAGGACACAAUACAGUUGCAUUCUAGCCUUACACCUGUAUUGUAGUGAGUUCAGGCCCACCUUGGAUACAAGUAACCAGGGUUUAGCUCAUUGAAACGAGUGUCUUAAAAUCAUGUUUGUCAUCUUUAGGUCAGCUAGUUCAUCUUGUCACUCUUGAUGUUUCACACAACAAUAUUGCAAGUAUACCUAGAGGUAUGUCUGGUGUUAUAUUGAAGGAAAAAAAGUUUUGAUAAUUUUCCUCAGGUUUAAUGAUGGACUUAAAUCCAAAGUGAAGGCCACAAAAUGAUGAAUUCACAGUGUGAACAGUCUGUCACGUCAAUAUCAUGAUUAAUAUUUAAUUUAAUGUUAUGAGACAUGUACAGCCUUACCCAAAAAACAAAGAAAAAUAACAUUUAGACCAAAGAUCACAUUGAACCACAAUGUCCCAUGUCAUGCAGGACCUCAAUUUUUUUGAAAAUUAUGUUUUUGCAUCAUGGAUAACCUUGUGCUCUAAGUAUUUGUUUUGCAAAUGACCUGAAGUUAAAUGUAUCUGUGUUGAUUUGGGGGACAUAAAAUUAAUGUUGACCUUUCCUGUGUGCAGAUAUUGGAAACUGUGUGCAAAUGACAUCACUUGAUCUUCAACACAACGACAUUCCUGAAAUACCAGACACGAUAGGUAACCUAACAGAAAUGACAAGACUGGGACUCAGGUGAAUCUUAUGAUUACGUUUUUUUUUUCUUGUCAAAAACUUUGCUCCACAAGGUGUUGAAUAUUACCUUACUGGUACUUAAUUUUGUGGGUCUUUGAUUUCAGUCUUCUUGCAAUUGCCAAAAAAUCGUGAAGUUAAUUAAAGACCCGCAAAUAAAAAUCCUCACGAAAGUUAAUACCCUGCAUAUAUAGAAAAUUCAAAUCACACAAAAAAUGAUUAACAUGUAUAACAACAACAUUUACAGGAUAUAUAUUGACAAAUACCCACAUUAUUAACAGAUUUUACUCCAUUUUGUACCUUCUGUUGUAAAGUAAUGUUAAUUUUCAAAGAUUUCACUUAUGGAGUGGAGAAUCUAGCUAUUAUCUUCAUCUGAAUCGCUAGAUUCGUGCAAAAAAAUAAAUGUGCAUUUUGCUUGUUCCAGUUUUUCUAGAAAUUUUUAAAAGUUCAUACAUUUUGAAAAAUAAAGUGAAGUUGAGAAUGCUAUAAUCACAAAAUUCAAAGCCCUUAUCUUCUUUAUUUAAGUUGCAAAAAUAAAAUUCCACCAAAUACCCCCCCAUCAAAAAUCUUAGAAUAAAGUACCCACAAAAUUAAGUAACAAUAAGGCACCAGAUACUAACUUUUUCUAACUUUUUUAGGUUGGCAAUUUGCUUUAAUAAAUUGUGUUAUUUAUCGUUGUUUACCUUCAUAGAUACAAUCAGCUAUCCUCCAUUCCAGCUUCUCUAGCAAAUUGCACAAAAAUCGAUGAGUUUAAUAUUGAGGGAAACAAUGUCUCUGAGCUGCCAGUAAGUACUUUUUUUUUCAGGCUUUUCUUUCACAUCUGCAAAAGUUGUGCCUUAUUAUUAAUUUCUCAGCAUCAAACCUUUUUUCCCUUGUAUUUCACUGUAAUAUUAUUUUGGUCCCAUUGUCAUAUCCAAAAUUAUUCUCCAAGUUCAGUUAUCCUUAAUGUUGUAACUUCCAGUGACAUAAAUGUUAAUGCUAUUGAGGUUAAAAAGAUAAUUAUUAUUGUUUUUUGUUUUCUUGAAGGAUAAUCUGCUUCACUGUUUGAAAAUGUUAAACAAUGUCACACUAUCAAGGAACAACUUUGAACACUUUCCUACUGGACCACCUAAGCAGUUUGCUUCAGUCCAGGUACAAGAUUACAUUGUUGUUGUUAUUUACUAGGGAGUUUCAUUAAGAUUUUCUAUGGUGACAGCAAUAAAACAUUCAGUCAUUCUUCUUUUUUACAACAUCAUUAUCAGGUGCAGCUGUACAUGUAGAUGUUGCAAGGACUGCCUAAGUACAAGCCUGCAAAUUAUAAAACCUGCUCUCCUUGCUCCUCACCACAAGGAACAUUUCACAGGAGAGACAUCAAUGCCUCAACAGUGUACAAAGAAAUUUUUGUCCAAUAGCCUGGGGCUAGUGGAUUUUGCUAUCGGGCUAGUGAAUUCUGUUCUUAACUUGCCUGAUGGGCAAGUGAAGUAUUUUGCAGAAUUCAACUCACAGAAGAACUAUGAAAUCAAUUCUGCUCCAAAAAAAAUGUUGGGGGCUAGAUGAAAUGAUGUUUGGGCUAGUAAAUGCUACCUUCAGCCUGCCGGAAUGGCAAGCUGUAAAAAUGACUUUCUUUGCACCCUGCUCAAUGACAGAAAUUCCAUACUGAUGAAGUAAAACAGUGUUUACUUAAUUAAUAUGAUGGUCACGGUGUUCCAAACAUAAAUUUGUUUAAGUUGAUGUUUCUCCUGGUCUAUUACAGUAAAGUUUUGAGUUCUUCUGCAAACGAGCUGCAGCAAAACUCAAAUGCUCCUUCUGACAGGGCUUCUGAUAUUUCGCGGAAAAAAAGCAAAAUUUUGCGGGAUUUUCAGGGGUAAAUUUGCUGAAAAAUCGGCCGAUUUCGCGGGAUUUUCGUGGGAAAAAAGUCAAAAUUCGCGGAACAAUCGGCCAAUUUCGGGCGAUUUUCACGGGAGAAAAGUCAAAUUCGCAGAAAAAUUGGCCCAUUUCGCAGGAUUUUAGCAGAAAAAAAUCAAUUUUCGAAGGAUUUUCAGGGGCAAAUUCUGAGGAAAAUCGGCCGAUUUCACGGGAAAUUUCGGGGGGGAAACGUCGCCAAGGAACAAUUAGUAAAAAACAGCCAAUUUCGCUGGGGUUUUUUAUGGCAAAUUUCGCUAAAAUCGAUCAAUUUGGCGUCGAUAUGACCAGCGUUGGUGAACGUUUUUUUUAACAGGGAUAAUCAUUUGCUCUUUCAACAACAGUUCCCUCAAGAAAUGAGCGCAUGUUAAAGCUAUAAACAUUAUGGUUAGUGCCCAGUUUUUUGGAAUGUUCAUCUAAAAACGCCUGGUAGUUUUGGGACGGUGUUUACUCGUUGCAGUGACAAAGCUUCAAGCUAAAUUUGGACGUUUGGGGUGAAUAAAACCGGUGUAAUAGCCAAGAUAAGGAUAAAAUAUGUUUUGCCGAGCUGUAUUUGGAAAUAUUUCUGGCGGAUUUCGCGGUAUUUCGCAUUUUUGGGGGAAUCUCGCGGGAUUUCGCGGAAAUACCUGAAUUUCGCGGGUCCACGACCGCGCAAAAUCAGAAGCCCUGUUCUGAAGAAGAGUAUACUGGUAUUCCACAAAUAAUGACUAUCGUAGUAGAUUCAUCAUCACCAACAUUAACAUUAACCUUAGACCCUUAAGACAUUAAUUUUGUCGUUUGUUUAUCAUUCAUAAACAAUGUUAUUACUAAGUUGACCAAUCAGAGCUCCUGACCAGAUUCUGGACAGAUUUUACUUUAUCAGUAUGGAAUUUCUUUUUCUUGGGGCCCAGACGUCGCCCCUCCUGUGAAACAUUUUUAGCAUCUCUAUAUGAGUGUACGUUCAACCUUCAUUUUAAAAUUAUAUUAUCUCAAUAUUUUGAAUGAAGGUAUUUAAAACCGUAGUGUGUUUGUUCAUUUUUAGACAUUUAUAAUGGAACACAACAAGGUUCAAAAAAUUCCUUUUGGAGCGUUUUCCAAAGCUAAAGCUAUGGUNGGUGUUUACUCGUUGCAGUGACAAAGCUUCAAGCUAAAUUUGGACGUUUGGGGUGAAUAAAACCGGUGUAAUAGCCAAGAUAAGGAUAAAAUAUGUUUUGCCGAGCUGUAUUUGGAAAUAUUUCUGGCGGAUUUCGCGGUAUUUCGCAUUUUUGGGGGAAUCUCGCGGGAUUUCGCGGAAAUACCUGAAUUUCGCGGGUCCACGACCGCGCAAAAUCAGAAGCCCUGUUCUGAAGAAGAGUAUACUGGUAUUCCACAAAUAAUGACUAUCGUAGUAGAUUCAUCAUCACCAACAUUAACAUUAACCUUAGACCCUUAAGACAUUAAUUUUGUCGUUUGUUUAUCAUUCAUAAACAAUGUUAUUACUAAGUUGACCAAUCAGAGCUCCUGACCAGAUUCUGGACAGAUUUUACUUUAUCAGUAUGGAAUUUCUUUUUCUUGGGGCCCAGACGUCGCCCCUCCUGUGAAACAUUUUUAGCAUCUCUAUAUGAGUGUACGUUCAACCUUCAUUUUAAAAUUAUAUUAUCUCAAUAUUUUGAAUGAAGGUAUUUAAAACCGUAGUGUGUUUGUUCAUUUUUAGACAUUUAUAAUGGAACACAACAAGGUUCAAAAAAUUCCUUUUGGAGCGUUUUCCAAAGCUAAAGCUAUGGUGAGUUAAUUGCACAAACAGCAGCUAAAAAUCCUCCUUCAAAAUAAAAAAAGUCCAAUUAAUUUAAUAUAUCUAUUUUCACUGCAUAAAUGCGGGCAGUAAGAAAGGAUAUCAAGUUUCACUUGUUCACUUCCUUAGUUUUGCCCAAUUUUGUUUAUGGUUUACCCGUAUAUGGAGCUUCUGAACCUGAUCUUGAUAUUAUUCAGAACUUUUUAGAUAGAUGUCAUAAAUGCCUCUUUAUUUCUUACCCCAUUUCAAUUAAGGAUCUAUUAAAGAAGCAAGACUGUAAAAGUUUUAAGAAAGUAACUUUCAUAAAUAAUCACCCACUAGCUCCAUAUAUUCCUACAAAGAAAGUUUGUUCUUAUAACCUCCGUAAAAAACAAUGUGCCCGUCCUAAAAUUGAUCUUGAGCGUUUCAUGUCUGCCUUUGUAAAUAUACUAAUUUUUAAACACAACCUUAGCACAGGAUAGUUAGGAUUCUAUGAUUAGUUUAUUUAUUUUAAUUCAGAAAUUAUGCUACCAAUCUACCAUUGUUAUUUUGUUUAUGCAUUUUAUGUUGUAAUUUUUUAUUUGUCUUACACAAAGUUUAAGAUACUAUAUUUUAUUGUUUUAGACUAAGCUUAACAUGAAGGAAAAUCGGAUUGCUGCUCUUCCGCUUGGUAAGAACUUAACAGAUUCUUGUGCUGUGGAAUGUCAGUUGGAUGAAAAAAAUCCUGUUUACAACUGCUUUUCUUAUAUUAUCUUUUCAGACUUUGGUAGCUGGGUCAGUUUGGUUGAGCUAAACUUAGGAACUAACCAGCUGUCAAGACUUCCUGGUAAUGAUUUACUCCUAUUUUUUGCUUUAAAGUAAACUUAAGGCACACCAGAAGGAACCAUUUUAAACCUUAAUUGAUAAAGUUGCUUUGGACAAUGGGGAAAUGGCACCUUGGACUAAGCCCAAAUUGCCAAUGCCCCAUUGGUCCCGUUGCCAAUUAACUUUUAUUGAAUCAGGUAUAUUCAAUGAGAGCAAUAAGCAACUUUCUUCAUGAAACAUGUUGCGAUCUGUUAAUUUGUGAAAGGUAGAGGAUGUUUUAGUGCUCAUUGCUGCAACAGCUGCAACAGAUUUAUGUUUACAAAAUUUUGAAUACCUACAGGGUAUCAAGUUAGGUGUGACUGAAGAUUUGUAGUCACUAAUUUCUAGGAUGGAAUUUAAGUUUCAUAGUGUUGUCUUAGGUAUUAUACUAUAUUCCUAUGAAUUUUAUGACUGCUUAAGCGGUGUUUGUUAAUGAACAUGUAAAGCAGAAAUUAGACACUGACCAUUAAUGAGAUAAAAAAAAUAAGAAAUCAUCACAUUCAAUUAACUGAUGAUGUUCUUGAUGAUAUAUCUCUUAUCUACAUGUAGCAGAACUUUUUUGUUGUUGUUGCAGAGGAUAUCCAGUGGCUUACAAACCUAGAAGUUUUGAUUCUUAGUAACAAUUUACUUAGAGUAAGUCAAACUUUAAGUUGCUAAUAUCGUUAUUUUUAAUGUAGAGCAGAAACCAUUGUGCAUAAGUAGUAGUCUUAUUUUAUGCUCACAGGAUAUACAAAUGCUAAGGCCUUCAGUCACAACAAGUUGACAGUUUUAUAUGACAGUCAACUCUCUCAUAGCAACCACUUCUCAUAAGCGACCACCUCCCAUAAGCGACCACUAUGAAAAUAACCAUUUUGUUUCUCAGUCAAAUACUGUUUUAAAACCUUUCUCAUAAAAGACCACUGCUUAAACUUUUACACCAUAAAUUUGACAUAUCCUUUUGUUUUUUGUUUGUCGUAAAUGACUACCUGGUAUGAUCAGGUAUGAUUGUAACAGAACUAUUGCUCAAAUGUCACAAAAGUUCAGUUUUUAAAAGUGCUGACCAAGCAUCCUGUAAGAUUAUAACAGUUGACUUUAAAAAAGGAUGGCUGUAAGAAGAUCUGUUGGUGAAAAAGUGGAUUGUCACACACAGUUUGUUAAUUAAAAUCUGGAAACUGUAGACUGUGUCAUUUGUGGAUGUCAUGUCAUUAGCAGACUGUAUACAGUAUUUAUCAGUUAUUUUAUUUUCUGAUCAAUGAUAGAGACUUCCACGCGGACUGGGUGAACUGAAGAAACUCAGAGUACUGGAUCUUGAGGAAAACAGGCUAGAACUACUACCCAAUGAAAUUGGUAAGUUUGUCUCCAUUUUUUUUUGUUUGUUUGUUUGUUUUUUUGCUGUUAUUGUUGUUGUGCAUGGUCCUAUCAAUUAAUUUGCAAUGAAGUGUGUAAUCAAUGCAUUUCAUUUUUUUUCUUUGCUGCUCUUCCGCUUGGUAAGAACUUAACAGAUUCUUGUGCUGUGGAAUGUCAGUUGGAUGAAAAAAAUCCUGUUUACAACUGCUUUUCUUAUAUUAUCUUUUCAGACUUUGGUAGCUGGGUCAGUUUGGUAGAGCUAAACUUAGGAACUAACCAGCUGUCAAGACUUCCUGGUAAUGAUUUAUUCCUAUUUUUUGCUUUAAAGUAAACUUAAGGCACACCAGAAGGAACCAUUUUAAACCUUAAUUGAUAAAGUUGCUUUGGACAAUGGGGAAAUGGCACCUUGGACUAAGCCCAAAUUGCCAAUGCCCCAUUCGUCCCAUUGCCAAUUAACUUUUAUUGAAUUAGGUAUAUUCAAUGAGAGCAAUAAGCAACUUUCUUCAUGAAACAUGUUGCGAUCUGUUAAUUUGUGAAAGAUGGAGGAUGUUUCAGUGCUCAUUGCUGCAACAGAUUUAUGUUUACAAAAUUUUGAAUAUCUACAGGGUAUCAAGUUAGGUGUGACUAAAGAUUUGUAGUCACUAAUUUGGUGACUAAUUUCUAGGAUGGAAUUUAAGUUUCACAGUGUUGUCUUAGGUAUUAUACUAUAUUCCUAUGCAUUUUAUGACUGCUUAAGCGGUGUUUGUUAAUGAACAUGCAGCAGAAAUUAGACACUGACCACUAAAUGAGAUUUAAAAAAAUAAGAAAUCUUCACAGUCAAUUUAUUGAUGAUGUUCUUGAUUAUAUAUUUCUUAUAUCUACAUGUAGCAGAAUUUUUUUGUUGUUGUUGCAGAGGAUAUCCAGUGGCUUACAAACUUAGAAGUUUUGAUUCUUAGUAACAAUUUACUUAGAGUAAGUCAUACUUUAAGUUGCUAAUAUUGUUAUUUUUGACAUAGAGCAGAAACCAGUGUACAUAAGUAGUAUUCUUAUUUUAUCCUCACAGGAUAUAAAAAUGCUAAGGCCUUCAGUCAGAACAAGUUGACAAUUUUAUAUGACAGUCAACUCUCUCAUAACAACCACUUCUCAUAAGCGACCACCUCACAUAAGCGACCACAUUGAAAAUAACCAUUUUGUUUCUCAGUCAAAUACUGUUUUAAAACCUCUCUCACAAAAGACCACUGCUUAAACUUUUACACCAUAAAUUUGACAUAUCCUUUUGUUUUUUGUUUGUCUUAAAUGACUACCUGCUAGCUGGUAUGAUCAGGUAUGAUUGUAACAGAACUAUUGCUCAAAUGUCACAAAAGUCCAGUUUUUAAAAGCGCUGACCAAGCAUCCUGUAACAUUAUAACAGUUGACUUAAAAAAAGGAUGGCUAUAAUAAGAUCUGUUGGUGAGAAAGUGGAUUGUCGCACACAGUUUAUUAAUUAAAAUCUGGAAACUGUAGACUGUGUCAUUUGUGGAUGUCAUGUCAUUAGCAGACUGUAUACAGUAUUUAUCAGUUAUUUUAUUUUCUGAUCAAUGAUAGAGACUUCCACGUGGACUGGGUGAACUGAAGAAACUCAGAGUACUGGACCUUGAGGAAAACAGGCUAGAACUACUACCCAAUGAAAUUGGUAAGUUGUCUCCAUUUUUUUUGUUUGUUUGUUUGUUUUUUUGCUGUUAUUGUUGUUGUGCAUGGUCCUAUCAAUUAAUUUGCAAUGAAGUGUGUAAUCAAUGCAUUUCAUUUUUUUUCUUCUCAGCAUAUCUGAGGAAUCUAGAACGAUUAGUUUUGCAGUCAAAUAACCUCACCACUCUUCCAAAAUCAAUAGGGUAAGUCCCUGCAAAUUCAUGAACACUGAAUGAAAAAGAGACACUGUUCAAGUGAUGAUUUUUAGCUCCCAUGUUUUUCUGAUGCGUUAUGCAGUAUUUUUAUGUAGUUAGUUUUAUUUUAUUUUAUUUGCCACACAAUAAUUACAAAAAAUAUAGGAAAAGUAGGAAAAAAGAAGUGGCGAGGAGGUCUAACGGAAAUUAUAGGAGCUUAUGAGAGGUUAGGCCUCCUUGAACUAUGAGCUAGAGCUGGAGAUAUACACUGUAAGGACGUGUGACAUCCUAAUAGAAUAUUAUUAUUGGGGAGCAAGGGUGGCGCAGUGGUGAGAGCACUUGCCUCCCACUAAUGUGGCCUGGGUUCAAAUCCCGGCGUCGACACCAUAUGUGGGUUGAGUUUGUUGUUGGUUCUCUCCUUUGCUCCGAGAGGUUUUUCUGCGGGUACUCCGGUUUUCCCCUCUUCUCAAAAACCAACACUUCCAAAUUCCAAUUUGACCAGGAAUCAUGUGGACGAAGAACCACUAUGUGGAUGUGCUACCUGGAAAUCGUUAUUUAUUUAUUUAUUUUUAUUUAUUUAAAUAUAUUGUUUCCAUGUAUUUGCUGUGGCUAUGUUGUGAGGAAUGUGAAACUUUUUCAGCAUUGAUUCUAUUUGUAUUUACUCCUCAUAUUUCCAAGCUAACUUUGGGUAUCAGUUUUUCUCCUUGAUAUUUUGCUUUUAUAGAUAUUACAAUAAAUUGCUGAUCUCUCUAACCCUUAGUUUUUGAAUUUCCUGAUAAUUUGAACCUAACCAAACUUCCUUCAUCGGGCAAACACUUUAAUUUUACCCCUGAUUUUUCAAACCUUGUGACAAUUCAAAACAAAUUGCCUUUCCCAGGGUUUGUUUGAAAAUGAGGAUUCCACUGUUCAUGAUAUUAAUUAUGCCAUACUUGCUUUCUUUUCCAGUUACCUUACAAACGUUCAGUAUUUGAGCGUAGGUGAAAAUGAUCUCACAGAACUUCCAGAUGAAAUAGGUAUGAAAAAUACUUAGCAUAAAGAGCAAGAGUGUGACUGACUGUGACUUAGAACAUGGAGACCCUGUGUGCAUUUGAAUGAUUUUUCUAUUGUAGGUGAAAAUGAUCUCACAGAACUUCCAGAUGAAAUAGGUAUGAAAAAUACUUAGCAUAAAGAGCAAGAGUGUGACUGACUGUGACUUAGAACAUGGAGACCCUGUGUGCAUUUGAAUGAUUUUUCUAUUUAAAAAAAAAACAGUAUUGGUCUUGUACAGGGCUGUGCUUUGAUGGAGUUUGGUGGCGCUUGUCAACUUACCUUUUAUUUUAUCUUUGGGGUACCAGGAAUUAAAUUUUUAGUUUUUUAAAAACACUUGAGUACAUAAAAAAGCACUGGGUACCCGGGAUUUCAUAGCUUGAGUUGGUCUUCCAACUAAAGAAUAAUUAUCGUUAGAGCAUGGCUUUAAUACUGUUAUUCAGUGAAAAGUAAUAAAUAGAGAAUUUAUUCCAACUUAAAGAGUAGUGGUAUCCCAUAAUGCAUUCCUUACUGUACAAAGGGGAAUAUUGUUGAUUAGUAUAUACACACUCAGUGAUCUUGGUAAUUCAAGCAGUCUGAUUGGUUAGCUAUCUCGGACUACCGCGCUAGGCGGUUAAUAUAAAGCAGAACAAAAUCGCUGUCGUAAACUGGGUGUUUUGCCAAAGUUUCAUAGUAAAGCCUUUUUGAAAAUACACGAAUAUCCAAGUGCUGAUGACUUUGAAGGCAAGAAAAGACUUCAUGGUGUUUAAACAGCAUGAUUUCUUGUGAAGUGGUUUACUGUUGCUGACUUUUUGUAUGCUCGAAGCUAUGUUUACCACUACAGAGGAAAACGAGGCUGCUUUUGUCACUGUUUUGUGAUUUCGGGAUUUUCUCGCAAGACCAAUUUUGUCUAUAAAUAGAAGUUAAUUUAUGGAGAACAGAGAAAGGCAAAUAUUUUCGAAAAUUGUAUGUGCCAGCAAGUUAACAAGGCCAAGAGCAUUGGAUAUAAACAAUGCUCACCUUGAUCGUAGCCGCUGUUGACAUCAUUUGCAAGCAGCGACAAAGAAAACUUUCUCAUUCAUGGUGAGUUGACAGAAACAAAAUAAAGCUCUGCUUUUCUUCUCAGAAUUGGGUAGUAAAUUAAAUGUUUGGCGUUUUCUUUUAAAAAAGAUACAAAAAGAUUAAAACUAUCAUUUGCCAUGUUUGAAGAUACUGUAAAGAUCUAAAAUUUUGCACAUCCACUGUUUACGGUUUCGUGUUCACGCAUGAAUUCACCUGUGAAUCAAACUAAUCGUUUUUUAAGUGUUUCCUUUCUGAUUCUGUUGAGAUCACUUCGUGUGAAUAUACUUAAACAAUUAUUCACAUCAGGUUCAGUUGAUAUUGUUGAAUAAUCCCCUCCACUUCGUCUCGGGGAUUAUUCAACAACAUUAACUUCACCUUCGGUGAAUAAUUGUUAAUUGUUAAAGGCUGAGAGAAAAACUCGUAACGUGGCAAUAAAAGUUCAAGUGAAUCUGAAAAACCACGGUCAAACCACGGUCUCAGUGAUCAAAAAGGCAAAUUCACAAAAUACUUGCCUAGUUUUCAUUUGAGAUACUAGCAGAUGUCUUGGUUUCAAACUUUACAGAAAAUAAACACAUUAUGGCUGAAACUCACAGUAAACCACUUUUUGUUGCAGGUAAAAUGGAAUCUUUAGAGCAGCUGUACCUUAAUGAUAAUGACAGUCUUCAAGUGCUUCCUUAUGAGCUGGCCCUCUGCAGUGCACUACAGAUUAUGAGUAUAGAGAAUUGUCCUCUUGGCAGUUUUCCUAUUGAAGUCGUAAAUGGUGGUCCUUCAUUAGUCAUUCAGGUAUUAGUAAUUCAAACACUGUCAUUAAUUUCAUGCUGA